GCAAGCUUAGACCGCAGAGAGGAAGAGCUCAAGGAGAUGAGUGAAGAUCAUGAGCACCAGUUGACGCGGCGUCCAUGGUCGUGGAAGCCCUACCAGUAUCGAAUUGGGAGGAUGUUUGUCCUCUCGGAAUGGAAGGUCAUGGAUGAGCAAUGAACAAUGUGUGCAAAGGAUUGACCGCAUGAUGCGCUUGGUGUGUGUUGUGACGGUUGCAGGACGGCACGCUAAUUGUCAUCGGACCGGACUGUAAGCCAGCCAGUGGGCGCACACAUCUGUUCGAAUCGAAUGACCCGGUCUUCUCACCAUCUCAUAUUAUCCAUUGGCUGCCACAGGGCCUUACACAGUCGGUCUGCUUGCCUUCAUUCUGCUCGUCGGCGGAGGUACACAGACAGACACCAAAGGGAAAGUGCACUGCCUGUCUGCCUGCCUGCCUCUCUGGAUGCAGCCUUUUGCUUCCACGUAGCGCCUCAGCUGUCGUCUCUCUGGUUCCGCAUGGGCUCCUACGCCUGUGUGCUGUCGACCCUCGUGUCGUUCGCCUGCGUCUCGCUGAAAGACCCAGGCAUCAUCAGGUUUGUACACAUGAAACACGCUCACACGAAGGCGUGUGUGUGUCUGAUUGUGUCUGAUUGUUGAUCUGUCAGGCCGUCGCACAGCGACUGGAGUGAUGUGUCGUCGACAGACGAUGUGCAGCUGACGGUGGGCGUGCAGGAGGACUGCGAUAGCGACAGCAACACACCGUCCACUCGGCGGUCGACCGAGGCUGCGGCAGACGAGAGAGAGCUGCCUGACCUUGAGCAGCGAUAUCGGGAGGCGGGGCCGUCGGUGAUCGGCAGGGCCACCGGCAGCGAUACCCCGCCAUCCCCUCCGAGAAGACGGCACGUCCAGGCGCAUCUGUGAGACAGAGGGUGGAUCAAAUCAGACGACAUGGUGUCCACAGGGGAUGUUCUCUCGUGUCUGUCUGUCUGUCUGCAGGAUGUGUGAGGUGUGUGGAGUGCUGGUGCCUCCCGAGGCCCUCCACUGCGUCGACUGCCAAGUCUGUAUCGACAAAUUCGAUCACGUGAGUGAGUGGCGAUCUGACGAUUUACGGACCCAUGCAGUGUGUGUGUGUGUAUAACUGUUGUCUGUAUGGGUGCAGCACUGUCCGUGGACGAGCAAGUGCAUUGGGCGGAAGAACAUCACUGAUUUCUACGUCUUUCUGGUGUGCGCCUUCGGGACAGUAAUCUACCUCACCAUCUGUAUGGGCGUGUACAUUCGAAACACUUCCGUCAUACACACAUAGAUGCCAUUGGGUCGAAUGGAUGGAUGGAUGGAUGGCUCGCCGUGUCUCACUGCGUCGGUGUAUAGUGAGUGAGACGCAAAGAGACGUGGCCGGACGUUUGUGGUGUGUACAGUCGAACACGCAAAGCGUCUAUGCGUGACUCUGAGAGAGAAACUGAGGCAGA